CAUGUCAUGCAUCAGAACAGGGUAAAGUUUAUAAACAGUAUUUAAAUGACUCAAAUCUUUCAAUAGCAUUACGUAUUCUGACUUUCAAGAUGUUGGAAACAUUGGUCUUUACAUUGUUAUGUUGUCUCAUACAAACACAUGGAUAUUCCGAACUCACGGAUGAAAUCAAAAAUAGUUCCUCACUACUGGACAUCAGCGAUCCGGACUCCAAAAAUACGGCCGUCUUCCGACAGUUACUGAACCAAGAAACAAUCAUUAGGAUGUCACUGGUGAAGAACGUUCAUACUUUAUCGAAAGACAUGCUCGAUCUGAAGAAAAGUAUGGAGACGUUGGAAACAUCCCAGCAGAAAACAGACGUAGAAGUUGCUGCCUUAAAAAAGGAGGUUGAGGAACUGAAAAGAGAAAACCAAAGACUUGCACUAGAAAACAAACUGUAUGAAGAAACAUUCAAUGCUACAAUGGAAAACUUCACCAAAGUAGACGAAUAUAUUCGACAAGUUGUGGAACAUCUGGAGGAGAAAAGAGAAGAUUUUGAGACAAACACUAGUGCAGUACUGACGGAUCUCAAAAUCGAAGUUCGAUACCUGUCAGUGACUCUUCUGGACUUGAAUAAACACUAUUUAGAAAUUGACAAACGUAUUUCUGAUAACAUUCAAGAAAAAUAUGAACAGUUAUCGUUAACACUGAACACUUCUGUCGAGGACCUGACCAAUGAUAUAAUGGCAGCAAAUAACACGAUGGUUAAAUCCGUGUCCGACCUAAAAGAUUCACAAAGUAGCAUUGAAAAUUCUAUCACAAUGAACAUUAACAAAACAUUGGAGGACCUUGGUUUGGAAGUGAAACAAACUCAGUAUAAGCAACUGCAGCUGUCCUCUACAGUGUCCUCUCUCGAGGUGUUCCGAAUGAAUUUGACCAAUAACAUAUAUGGCAAGCCAAAGAAUGUAGGCUUCUCCGCCUCGGUGACUUCCCCUAACUCUUCAUGGAACCGAGGAACACUGGUUUUUUCUACUGUCAUCACAAAUGAAGGAAAUGGAUACAACCCUAGCAAUGGAAUAUUUACUGCUCCUGUCGAUGGAACGUACGUCUUCUUCGUGAAUGUUCAGAGUUAUUACAGAAAAACUAUUUAUGCGGCUAUUGUGUUGAAUGGAGCAACAAAAGUUAAGACCAUGGCCCAUAAUAAUUAUAAUGAUGCAGGUCCCAAUAUGGUGGUACUGAAUAUUAAGAAAGGAGACGCAGUUUGGGUUCGAUACAGCUCUGGUCAAGGUUAUUACAGUAGUGGUUCUAUAACCACAUUCUCCGGUUUUCUCAUAUAAUAUUUUGUUUGUAACAUUCCUUGUUCAUAUUAUCAAGAUAAUAUUGAGUUUAUCUGCUAUGAAUCAAAAUGAUGAUUUCUUUAUAUAUGCUUACAAUAUGUUACUCUUUAACAUUGACUCUGUAUAUACUGAUUGAUUUUUCUUUCGUUUAUUGCAUGACGCAUCGAUGUUGUAAAGACAUGACAAUAUUGCAAUUGUCAAAUUUCAUUUCUGGAAAAAAGUGAUUUGAAUGGUUUUGAAUAGAAAAAAUGUUUUUUAUCGAAUUUGGAAACCGGAGGCCCACUGAGUAGUGGGGGGGGGGUUCAUUUUUGUGACAAUACCUACCGCAACGGCUUCUCUUUUAUGGUCUCAACCGGAGGAUCUGGUCCCGCCGUCCCGCAGUGGGAUUUGCAACCGCGAUGUAAGGAUCAACUCUUUACCGCGCGGACGACUAUUUUACAUGUUACAGAGAUGGAAAAUUAUAUCUUCUUUCAAAUAUUGACUUUAAUUUUCAAAAAUAGCAACAGACCGCUUAAGAGUAAUCAUUCAUGCUACACAAAUGUAUCGUAUUAUUCUCAUUAUUCAUUUCAUUUACUUUGUCAAAGACAAAUAGGUCUCACUAAGUGAUUUACUCGAAAGGUAUAUUGAACAUAUACAUGUACUUUGACGCCGGACUAGACAUAAAGGUUCUGUAACUCUUUAUAAGGAAAUUAACCAUUUUCAUGGAAGAUUGCAAUCAUUUCCUAUAAACAUACAAUAGGCUGUAAUGCUACUUUUGAUUAGAAAAAUUAAUUAUUCAAAUUUUUGCUUAAACUAGUGUGAAUUUAAAUUAAAUACACAAUCUUAAUGAUAAAGUGAUUGUUUAGUAUGUUUACUUAUCAAAUUUUCUGUAAUUUGUUCAAUGCACUGCAUGUAUAUUGUAUAACCGUAAAUAAAAUUUGAUAAAAUAUAUCUUUUAGUUCCCUUUCUUGAUCAGAGUGAUGAAAAAAUUUUUAAACUCAUCUACUAUAAAUUUGUAUAUUUUCUUUUUGGCAACAACAUUGUAAGGAUGUAAAUGU